AUGAUUUUCACAUUAUCGUAUAUUAUUGCGUCAAUUUUAUUUUCGGGUGUAUUUUUGUUGACAAUCGUAUACUUUUACGUCCAUCUAAGAACUGAAGGACGUCUUUGUAAUUUGAUCCCCGGACCUAAAUCGUAUCCAAUCAUCGGCAAUUUCUUGGACUUAGCAGGACAUCCGGAAGAUCUUUGGCAUGCUGGACGGCGCAAUUCGAUUAAGUAUUACCCUGUUUGGAAAAUUUGGGCCGGAAUAUGGCCAGUUGUCACAAUCUAUCACCCGGAUGAUGCUCAGAUUCUGCUAACUAGCACAAAACAUCUGGAGAAAAGUGUAAUUUAUGAUCUAUUACAUCCUUGGUUGCAAGAUGGAUUGAUUAAUAGUAAAGGAGAAAAAUGGAUAAGCCGAAGAAAAAUAUUGACUCCUGCAUUUCACCUGCAUAAUCUCAGAGAGUAUAUGGAUUGCUUUAUUAAUCAAACAAAUCAUUUGAUUAAUAAUAUCAAAUCAGAAUCGGGUUCAAAUGGAGUUAUUAAAGAACUAAUGCCGUUACUUACAACAUUUACUCUUAAUACAAUAGUUGUAGAAACAACCACGGGUAUUGCAAUUGAAGAAAAUGACAUAGAACAGUACAAGCAAUCAGUUUACGAAUUUGGAGAAACAUUUAUUUAUAGAACUUGCAGACCAUGGUUGAGGUCGGAGUUCCUUUUGAAGUUAACAUCUAAAGGUCGACAAUAUCAAAAAAAUUUGAAUGAUCUUCAUAGUUUCACUAAAAAAAUAAUCGAAAAACGUAAGCGAUAUUACGAAGAAACUGGAGGAAAAUAUUUAGAUAGCUCUAUGUCACCAGAUAAAAAAGAUCUUCAACCUAUCCAAGGUAUUCAAAAAGCUAAAAAACUUUCUUUUCUGGAUAUUUUACUCUCCGCUGCUGAACGGAAUGAAAGUGUCGAUGAUCGAGGAAUUCAAGAAGAAAUUGAUACUUUCAUUUUUGCGGGUCAUGAUACUACUGGAAUGGCAUUACUAUUUAUUAUCUUAUUACUGGCUGAACAUCAAGACAUACAAAAUCGGGUAAGAGCAGAAAUUGAGGAAGUAUUAGCGGAUAAUAAUGGAGAAGUAAAUUUUGAUAAUAUCAAACACUUAACAUACUUGGAAUGUUGUAUUAAAGAAGCAUUGAGACUUUAUCCCUCAGUCUCAGUUAUAUCGAGGAAAAUUCACGAAGAUUUAGUGUUAAAGCACUGUUACGUGCCAAGAGGAACGACUUUAGCUCUUCGAAUAUUUGACACUCACCGAGAUCCUAAUUUCUGGCCACGUCCAAAUGUGUUUGAUCCAGAUAGAUUUUUGCCAGAAAACUCAUUAGGCAGACACCCUUUUUCAUUUAUUCCAUUUAGUGCUGGUUCACGCAAUUGCAUUGGCCAAAAAUUUGCAAUGCUUGUAUUGAAGACUUUUAUGGCUGGUCUACUUUACAACUUUUAUUUGGAACCUCAAGAAACCGCCGCCAAUGUACGUUUGCUCCCUGAACUUGUAAUAAGACCGGCUCAUUCAGUUGAUGUCAAAUUUGUGCCAAUAAAUAGAGAUCGUUGUUAA